AUGGUAGCCGCUCUAUAUGGAUACGAAAAUAUUGUUCGUAUUUUAUUUAAACAUUGUGAACCAGAAUAUCAAGUAGAACUCGAAGGUAUCAUGUACCUGGAUGAUCAGACGACUCUCGAAGGUAUCACUGCUCUCUAUUGUGCUUGUUAUCGAGCACAUUUUACCGUUGCUCGACUAUUGAUCGAUGCUGGUGGAGCUAAUGUCAAUCAUGGUACUCUGAAUGAACCUUAUCAUCCUCUAUUGAUUUACGCUACUCGAAUAAAUCGUCUUGAUAUUGUUCAAUUUCUUAUCGAAAAUGGUUAUGUUGAUGUGAAUGAAACUAGAUCAACUACUCGCGCAAAAUCGACCGCAUUGGUAUGGGCCAUACGACAAAAUCAUCUAUCAGUUGUCAAAUAUUUGCUUGAAAAAGGUGCCAAUGUUGACUACUAUUGCACCACAAACUUUUCAAGCAAAUUUACAACACCAUUGAUAUUAGCUGUUCACGACGGCAAUUUAGAAUUAGUUCGAAUAUUGUGCACUGCUGGUGCAGACACAACUGUUAAGAACAAAGCCGGUGAUACUCUACUUGCUAUUGCUGUCAAAAAAGAACAUUGGUCAAUUAUUCAUUUUCUACUAGAACAAUCUAUCAUCAACAUCGAUGAUGUUGAGCUUGCUAUUUUAUUCCUAAUUGAAAGUCGACUUUUUCCUAUCGAUGAGAAUAAAUUGUACAAACAUUUAUAUUUUGCUCUUCAACAACGUCUAGCAAUACAAAGUCCAAAAGUUUGUCGCCAACCAUUGGCUAUCUAUAACUAUUAUCAAGAAUGUCAAACUAUAGAAGAACUAAAUUCGAUUAAAACUGAUUCCAAUCGAAUAUGGAUCGAAGUAUUACUGGUUUUAGAACGUAUUCUUCUUCCUCGCAAGGAUCCAAAACUAGCAAAAGCAUUGAAUGGCUAUAGUCACUAUCUUUUAACCAAAAAUGAAUUUGAUAAAUGCCUCGCCUUAUGGAUUCAUAGUUUUUCUGUUUGCAAACAAAUGCAGCAUACAAUGAAUCUUUAUCCCUUCGUUCGGCUCUUUUGCAAGAUGAUUACAGCAGAAAAACCUAUACCGAUCGAUCGAUUCAUUGAAGUUUGUCACUGCACCUUUGACUCGACCCAAACCACUAGUCGUGAACCAAUGAUUUACAAUCAAUUAUGUUUCGUUGUUAUCACAGCAAAAAUCUUCGAACAACAACCACUGACGAGUGCAGAACAAACAGUUCUCUGCAAUUGGAUUAGUCGUCUGUGUCAACAAUGGCAAAUGCCUUCAGAUCGACAAACAAUAGUUCAUCUAUGUAUUAGUGGCAACAAUUAUGGACUUUCUUAUCGGCAUAGUUCAAAUACUGCACGUUAUCUCAGAUUUCCUAAUGAAUCUGCACUUCGACUGGUACUCGCUUGUGGACAUCGUUGGCUCGAUUUGGAUGCUGUCGAAUCCAUAAUGAACAAUACAGCUCUUCAUUUGUUAUGUCAUCAGUCAGAGAAUCAAACAAUGAUCAAAUUACUUUUAAAUGCUGGUGCUCAUAUUGAUUGUAUGAAUCGUUAUGGACUUACACCAUUGAUGUAUGCAACUAGUCAAGACACCAAAGCGUUUCUCAAGUCGAAAUCAACUCCAACACGUCUCAAAUGUUUAUGUGCUUCUAUGAUAGCUAGGCAACGAUUGAAUACAAGUGAUCUUGGACCAGCAACAUCGAAAUUGAACAUAUUCAUUUCACUACACGGCUGUUCAGUGACCAAAUCUGAUUGUAAAUGA